UCCCUCCUGUCGUUGCCGGGUGCGGAUCUAUCCUCGGGACCGCGGCGGGUCUCUGUGCUCCAGCAGAGGCGACAUGAGCGCGCUCCGGCUCCUGCUGCGGAGUUUCCACUGUGUGGGACUCUACAUCCAACUUAGUGGCCCUUUCUCUUCAUCAUCAUCAUCAUCAUCAUCCGCCCAGGUGCACAACCGCAUCUCCAGCAACGCUCUCUUCACAGAGGUCCCUCAUGACAUGACGGCGCACAGUGGGCAGGAUGUGGAGAUGGCCUGUUCGUUUCGGGGAUCAGGCUCGACUUCUUAUUCUCUGGAGAUCCAGUGGUGGUACAUCAGGAACCACAAAGAGUGGACAGACAAGGAGACGUGGACCACCAACCAGGUGAUGCCUCAAGAGGAGAUGUCAAAGGAUGCUACGAAAAUCAGUGUGGUGAAAGUGGCUGGCAGCAACAUCUCCCACAAGCUGCGUCUGUCCAGCGUGAAGCCGUCUGACGAGGGCACGUACGAGUGCCGCGUCAUCGACUUCAGCGACACUCGGCCUCGGCACCACCGCGUGCGCGCCUACCUGCAGGUGGAACAGGACGGAAGCGACACCGCGCCUCCACACCACCGGGGGGCAGCGGAGUCUCAAAAACUCCAACCAUCAGCCCAUCAUGGGCACCACAAAGUGGGCAGGGAGCUCAGGAAGAGGGCUGCCGAUGACACCAACACUGACUGCACAGAGAGCUGUGCACUUUAGGGCCCACACACACACACACACACACACACACACGCACAGUAUGGUCCAACACCUUAAUCUGUUUUCCUUUAGCUUUCCUCCCCAGAUCUUAAAACACCGUGUAUAUUAUUGUAUAAAGCAAAAGUAAAUGUUCUCUCAGAUGAGCCGGUGCAUGUUGCGAAAUGUUUCUUACGACGUUAUCACUUUGAAACUUGAAGCACAGAUCAGAGCGUGGAUCUUUCGCUAUUUCAUUCUGCUUCACCGUUUUUGCUUUAACACAUUCAUCCACAGGAGAGCGUAGAGAAAGCGUGCUGCGUCGAGAGAAUAGACACAGACGCCUAAAAAUGUCUACAUGAGGUUUCUCAAAAGUGUAACUUUAAAAUCUGUACACUUCUGAGCAGGUGGAGAAAUUAUUCGACUUAUUUUUCGAUGCAUUUCAAGCUUUACAUUUUCUUGUUCUGUUGGCAGAUCAUUACUUCUUCCGAGAAAAAAAAUGCGUCAAAAUUAGCCAACAAAUCAAAACGAUUUCAAGCUUGAUAUCAGUAAACUAUUCCUAGUUAUAGGUUUAAUAAUCGUAGCUCUGGUUCAUUGUAAUCUUAUAAGAGGAAAUCCUGGAUAAAUUUGACUAUGUUCAAGAUAUUUUCACUUGCUAAGAUGGCAGGGAUGAUGGAGAGUCAGGGGGUCAUUAAAAAAGAAGAAAAAAGAAAAAAGAGACUGGCUGAUCACAAUUGUGUAUUACACCAGUCUGUAUUUGUGUAGUGGGUGUGGCUUGAAAUCCAAAAUAGAAAUAUCAGAAUGGUGUACGAAUUCUGGCUCUGACAGUUCCUUAACGUCAGCUACAUCACUCCAGUUCAUGCACCAGGAGGGCUUUAUUUUAUUUAUCAUGCAGUUAUUGUUUUUGUUUUUACCCAUCCACGGUAUU